UCGCGAGGUUGUUUACUCUUUCCUUUCAGUAUCUGUUGUCUGGCGGUGUUAAUAUACAUUAAAUGAGAUAUUAUCUGCGGUGUUUUCGGUUUAGAAGCUAAAAUGUGACAGGUGAGAGAGAUGCAACAUGGGCAGGAAUGGACCAAAGAGUGACUCCAGGAAGAGUCAGCUGUCAUGUCACAAAGCAGCCUGCAACAACUCCUCCACCCGGAGCUGAGCCCCCGGUGGAGCGCGAGUGUGAAAGGGGACCCUGCCAGCCUCCAUGGCUCAUUCGUCAGACCUGUCCCGCAGGGAGAAGACCCCCGGGACCCAAGGGUCACACACUGCUACACGCAACCUCUUACGGAAGAAGGAGCAGCGCCGGCGUGGAAUCCGAUCCUCCUCACCCAUGGGACGGGUCAUCCUCAUCAAUUCUCCUGUGGAUGGUGGCGAUGACAGUGAGGACCUCCAUACGAUCACAGUGGAUAAGAGUGUGGAUGGAAAGCUGGGCUUCAGCGUGCGUGGAGGCUCAGAACAUGGCCUCAGCAUCUUUGUCAGUAAGGUGGAGGACAACAGCACAGCAGAGGAAGCAGGCCUGCUCGUGGGCGAUAAACUAGUGGAGGUGAACGGCAUCAGCCUGGAGAGCAUCACCAUGAGCAGUGCUGUGAAGGUCCUGACAGGAAACAACAGGCUGAGGAUGGUGGUGCGACGUGUUGGCAAAGUCCCCGGCAUCCGCUACUCCAAGGAAAAGACCACCUGGGUGGACUUAAUACACAGGCGUAUGGUGGUGGAGGAGAGCGGACGGACACCUUCGGAGGCCAGCUCAGGCAGCGCCCUACAGAGGAUUGUCCACCUUUACACCACCUCAGAUGACUACUGCCUUGGCUUUAACAUCCGGGGGGGAAAGGAGUUUGGUCUGGGCAUCUAUGUCUCCAAACUGGAUCCUGGAGGCCUGGCUGAGCAGAAUGGAAUUAAGAUGGGGGACCAGAUCAUGGCUGCCAAUGGAGUGAGCUUUGAGGACAUCAGCCACAGUAGUGCAGUGGAGGUGCUGAAGAGCCACACGCACGUCAUGUUGACCAUCAAGGAAGCAGGACGAUACCCUGCUUAUAAGGAGAUGGUAGCAGAGUACAGGUGGCUCAAUAAGUUGGCCAAUGGUACUCAGAAAUCUUCCUCCCAGGGCUCAGACUCCAACUCCUCAGCCUCGUCUCUGUCGUCUGGGACUCCGGUCAGCUCUCUGAGUGGCCUGUCUCAGGUCAUGUUCCCCCCCAACCUGCCGUUUGGCUCAGACAUGGUGGAUGUCUGUAUCUCCACUGAGGACCAGAGGUCUGAGUCUGAGCGAACUGAGACCGCCAUCCAGACAGACCUGCCUCCUCAGAAGAAGGGUGCAGACACCACUCGCAGCCUGGGACCCACAACUCUGCUCAAAGACACAUUGAUUCGUGGAGAGGAGGCCAGGGGGAGGAAGGAGUCGCCCAAGACAGCCAUGCUGCUGGCUCUCAGCAUGCCGAGCCGACCAAUCAGCAGGUCGCAGAGCCAAGUCACUGUGGCAGAGAUCAAGCAGAAGAAAGAGAAGAAGCAGAAACGGAAGGACCCCGAGGAGAAGAGCACCCUGCAGCGCUCAAAGACCUUCGUUAACUUGCUGUUCAGGGGCGGACGCAAGAGAGACACUUCCAGGGGGCGCUCCAAGUCUCCAUCCACAGACAGGGCCGGCAAAGAGGGACGGCAGCACGCCGCAAUGCCAAAUUCAGAGAUGCUUGGCGUGGUGGAGGACAUGGCCCGCAGGCUGCUGACUGAGGAGGAGGUGGCUGCUGUAAUGAAGACGUGUCGACGGUACGUAGCAGAGCGGUCAGUGGAGAACUUGAUACGCCACCUGCUGGCCGUGCUGGACCGGCCUGAAAAGCUGCUGCUGCUGAGGGAAGUCAGAAUGCUGCUUCCACCUUCUGACCUGAGUGUAUUCAAUAACAUGGUGACUCCCAUUGAAGUCGAGGCCUACGAUAUCCUCAAGUACCGUUCAAUUCGAACACCUCCCCUUCGCUCUCCCAUAUCUGGUCGAGCACCCAAACGGCGCCUCAUCACUCCCAUCCCAGAUUACAGGGGAGGCUUUGAGCUCCACAGUGCUGAGGAGGUGGAGAAGGAGAGCCACCUGCUGGAGGAGCUGGAGAAGCUCGGUCUGUCCGGGUCCCAGGAGUCUAGAGAGAAGCCCCACACCUCCAGAUCCUUCACCCCACUGCUGGACAUACCGGUGGACGGAUACAACACAGAGUCCAGACAUCUGAGACCCCCCUCUGCCAAUCCCAUGCUCCCCAACUGGCUGCUGUCCCGCAGCAGCGACUCCCACCCUCCUCUCCGAACAGAGAUCGGCACCAUUCGCUCCGUGCACUUUGACGAGGUUUCACUGCACUCGACUUCAGACAGGCCAGACACAGAAAGAGGACGGUCCCCGUUGAGCAACAGCCACUCUAAGGGCAAAAAGGCAAAAAGUGGAGACAGGAGUAAAGACACGGUGUUCACGCUGCAGAGUGCAGCUCACAGGAGUCGGCCAUUGCUGUCGCAGGUGUUUGGUCCGAGUCCAGAUCAACAAGUCGGGAGUGAACAGAUGAAUGGCCACCAGGCGUCCUCUGAGAAUGGACUCAAAAGCUCUGACGCUGAACAGGAGUACGAGCUGAAAACUGUCAGCAUCUCCAAGACCAAACAGUCACUGGGCAUCAGUAUAUCUGGUGGGAUGGAGUCCAAGAUUCAGCCGGUGGUGAAGAUCGAGAAGAUCUUUCCUGGAGGAGCCGCCUCCACCUGCGAGGUGCUCAAGGCUGGAUUUGAGUUAGUGUCUGUUGACGGACUCUCCCUGCAAGGAGUUACCCAUCAGCAUGCUGUCGACAUCAUCCGGAAAGCCUUCAGCAAUAAGGCCAAAGACCCCAUGGUGUUUGUGGUCAAAGUCCCCAAAAGCAUUUAG